CACUAGGGAGUGUAGCCGUGUAGUCGUGUAGCGGCUGUAACCUCAGAAAAGCCGCAUCUGCCCUGCACCCCCUUUUGCCCUUGCCACCAGCGAUUCGGCAGUCAACGCAGUCGCCAGUCUCUCCCUGAGUCCCUGGUUAUAUGUUGUUAUAGUCAGCCGCUACGUGCGUCGUUGUAGUAGCACUGCCAGCAGAGUAUCCGCCAGCGGCCAGCCGCUAGCCGCCAGGCCAACCACUCAGUUGUUCACGGUCUUCAGCGGCGUAUAGACCUUUCUUUUUCUCCUAUUUUACGUCCGUCCGCCGCUGCGACUCCUCGCGCCUAUUACACAGACGUACAGAGCAUCAUAAAUACAGUAGUGUUCGGGGAAGCUUGGAGGUUUUAAAGAGGAAAGAGAGAGCAAGCUGCUCCAUACGUUAGUGUGCAAAGUACUUGUGUCUUUGUGGUAGUAGUUCGGUGAUAUAGGUGCGGGGCUCGACGAUCCUUCCAUUUCUAUCAGAGAAAAAACACCAUUUUAUACAUUAUCUGUUAAACACUGACUUUUUUCAUACGUUAGUCACUUCGCACCCAGAGACGGCUAUUUAUUCCAUCAAUUGUAAAACACAAGGUACUAAGAUGCGAUUGGAGGAAGACUUAGUGAUCCGCAGGAGCCGUCCAACGAUGAUUUCAGCAAAGUACCGCGCAAGAGAAGAACGUCGACGUCUACUGAAGAUCUCCGCUGGAAAACUCAGAAGAAUCGAAGACCCAGAGGCAAGUUUAUGUCGCUCCGUCCUUAUAAACAACGCUGUAAGACGCCUCCAACGUGAAAACCGAGACGAAAAGACGAGGAAUUAUGGUUUACCAAUGGCAGGAUACUUGGACGAUUCCUCUAAAGAGAAUAAGGCUAGUGGAAAUAUGAUGAUGGAGUCUGAAAAUGUGUCCAAAAAACGAUUCGGUGAAGAAUUGCGGGGAGCUGAUUUACUCACAUCCAAGCGUCAAAGGCAUGAUGAUCUGGACCUUCAAGAUGAUGUCUUCAGUGAUUUCUAUAUCCUUCCGCCUACGCCACGGCUUCUCUCUCAUUCAGAAGAUUCCCAACUGCAAGAAACUUCGAGUAGUACUUUGGAUAGCUACCACAGCCGCCACGAGAGUCCACGGAUGACCACUACGAAUACCAAUAGCUUAUUUAUCAGCGAUGAUAUUUCCUCACUUCCCUGUGGCUCACAGCCAGCAAUAAUGAUGGACUCGACUGAAAUUGAGUGUGAAGAACGAAUCUGUGAUUUUGCACGAUUCACAGAUUCAACGAAAAGUUUAGAGGAGAGACUUGUAGAUCUGCAAUCACUUGAUGAACACUUCGACCUAACAAAAUUCGAGAGAAACAAUAAUCAGAGCUGUGGUAGAGCCUUCCACGAUAUCCAGACCUUCCACAGUCUUGUACCAGGACUUGAGACCUAGAAAAAAUUACUAAAUCAAUGGCGUAUCGUCUAAUUGGCUAAUUACACGUGUUCAAUGAUCUUGAAUAUUGAUCAUUAGGGAUAUAUAUUGGAGAAUGAUUGAAAGACUGUACCAAGGGCAACUGGAAGAGUGGAAAUAUCAUUCAAGGGAAUGUUAUCACGUUUGUAAGAUGAAAAGUAUCGUCCAAGUGGAGGAUAGACUGCCUUAAUCGAAUUAAUAUUAAAAUUAAUUAAUCAAUUGAAAGAUUGAAUGAAAAAAAUUAAGAGCUAUGAAAGCGUAAAUUAAUCAAGUAAAUUUUUUUUAGAACAUUUUCUUUUAUAUAAUUGUUUCGGAACACAGGAGCUGGUGAAACAGCUAAUGAAAAUAAUAUGAUUAAUUUUAGAUUAAAAUGGCAUAACGUUACAAGUUGAUUUGUGACCUGCAUAGAUGCAGAGUGAUGUCAAAAAUAAAUAUCAAUAAAACCUUUCUUGCCACAAUUUUUUUCAAAUAAAAAAGGACUUUUAAAAUUUCCACUGUGGAAUCACUAGUUUAAUACCGUAAUAAUUGCAUAAUUAAUUGCGACAUUAAAUACGACAUAAUUUCAACGUUUCAUCCCUGAAUGACUAAGCUGAUACUAGUAUAGAAAAAUGUGGAUAAUUAUUUAGUUUUACUCGGUAUUUCUGAAAAAAACUGAAGAUCUAGGUGACCGUACAAAAAAGGAAGAAAAGGAGAUUUCUCGUGUUGAGUAUGCAGACUCAUUACAAACUUAUACACCUGUAAAUAAUUACUUUUAUGCUAUAAUUAUUCUGGUUAUAAAAUGAAAUUCCAAAACAACACAUCUUAUUUGAUUGACAAUUUAUGCAGACAGGGCCUUAGUUAAUUUUCUUUGUAAUUCAUAUUCUAUAGAAUUGUGAUUACUACGUUAAUUAUCAUGAAGUAAGGUGGAAUGAUCUAUUGGAUGUCGAACAUUUUCAUUAAUUUUACAAUUAUUGUGGAGUAGGAUGGUAAGCGAUGACAAUUGAAAGAGAAAUUGUAAAACAUGAGUCGAAGUGCGUCAUUCCAUUGAAUCAUCAGAUUGUAUUGAUAAUAAUUAUUGGCCUUGAUGAACAGGAAAUCAAGAGACAUUCUCUCGUGGCGUAUAAAACUUUCAAAAGCACUACCUCGGCUUCAAAAUUAUCGUGCACCUACAGAUAGUGUAGUUGCAUAGAACGGAAUGUUUUAAACUGUGUAGAUUAAAAAUGCUCACGGUUCAGUACAAGGGAUUUUUCUGCAAAAAUUGAUAGAUAAAAGGUAGUUCGAAAGAAAUACUCGAUUCGUUUUGGGAGUAUGCGUAGUUAUCGAAUUGCUCACUCGGAUUUUCACUGAUUGAAAAAAAAAGUUUUACGUAAAAUGCUACUAAAAAUUAGUGUGCAAUAUACAAGCUGGAAAACAAUCGGAAAGAAAUCUACUUGAAAACUUCGAAUAGUGCGCUCUGAUUGGCUGGGAUACAAGGCAAAAAAGAAUCAAUGAUGAUAAAAAAAAGUUCUUCAUAUUUUUUUCUGCAAUGAUCAAUUUACUAGCACUUCAAUAUAGGAAAAAAAAAUUUAUUAUUUUUCAAUGAAAAUGACAAACACUCAACGGAUAAAUAUUAAAUUAAUUAAUAUAAACACGAGCAUAUAAGUAGUAGAAGUAUAUUCAACUCAACUCUUUUUUGUUAUUUCUCAUUUGUUUGAAAAAUUUUUGUUUCUUUCAUCUUUCUUCCCCAUUUUUUGAAUUUAUUGAUUAAUUAAUUGUACUCAAUGCUGGGUAGGAUAAAUAAGGAUUAUUGAAAUAAGUAAAUGAAUUUUAUAAUAAUGGGUGUAUUCGGGAGAAGAUUUGAACAUAGAAUUCCGAUUACUGAGCGCUGAAAUAACAUGAUGGUUAGAAAUAUGUGAAGAGAGUUUGAAGGCGCACAGAAGAGAAAAUUAUCCAAAUAACAGUUUUGUAUAUACGAAAAAUGAAAUACACAAGGAGUUGACUAUGUAUAAAGUUUCGUUAAUAUUUUAGUACUUUAGACUAUUAUUCAAAAUCAAGUUACCAAUUAUUCGAGAAUGAUAAAAGCAAAUAAAUUGCACAAAAAAUGCAA